UUUAACAGGAUAGGAACCUUCCUCUUCCUUUCCCUCCCAAAAAUUUAAUUACAAUUUUUUAAUAAAAAAAAUUCAAUUCACUCCCCACCGUAUUUCAACCACUGCUUAAUCUGUGCAUAAAUUGCAAUCUCUCUUAUUUUCUAUCUUCUCCGCUCUCUAGUUUUCAUGGAUCCAGAUUAUGAAACAAAGUAUGCCACUAAUGGCAAAGUCAUGUUUGGUUCAACCGUUCUUCUCUUCCUCCUCGUAAUCGUUCUCCUUUUCGUUCACACUUUCCGCCAUUCAUGCUUUCCUCGCCGCAACCACGCUAUUCGAAUCCCUUCCAAGGGCCUUCUUCCUUGCUCUCUCAAAUUCCUUCCCAUCUUCACCUACUCAUCCAACACCCACCGCUCUCUCCACGACUGCGCCGUCUACUUGUCGGAGUUUACCGACGGCCAACAAUGCCGUGUGCUUCCCAACUGUAACCACGUGUUCCACGCCCAUUGCAUCGAUGCAUGGUUCACUUCUCACUCUAACUGUCCACUUUGUCGAAUCACUGUUCACCGACACGCCAUACCGGUCCAACCAUUUUCUAACACUGAACCGGCUUCGUUGGGUUUUUCUUCUUUUCCCGCAUCGGUUUGGUGCCCGAGGAAGUCGUUGGAAAUGGUAAGCUUAAUAGUGGAGCUAAAAGGUGGCCGGGAUCCAGAUCCGGGUCGUGGACCCAUGAUAUCAAGGGCUGAUAAUUGAUACCGUUGUACAACUGGCGGUUGGGUUUUUCAGCGGCGCCCAGUGCUACUGAAAAACUUGGCGUUCUCUUUGGUUGACCCUGCGUCGAAAUGUUCCAUAUCCACUCUUCUUUGGCGCUAUUGCAAGAUUAUGUUUUGUUAUUUUCUGGAAGUGAUGAGUGAAAAAAAUAGAAUUGUUGUACCAAUUACAUGAAUAUGAAAAUUCAUCAUUGGAA